UAGACAAUAACGUUCAGUUACCAACGACAACAGCAUAACAAUGGCAAAAUUUGUAUUCUGUCGAUUUCACAGUACAACGACUAAUGGUCGGGUAAAAAAAAAUUUUUUUUUUUUUUAACAGCGUGGCUUAAUGCCGUCUUGGAAUCAUUACUCUAAGUAUCAUUAUAAUUGUUUAUUAAUUAACGACGUUCAAUCUACAAAGAAACUUUUCUUCAAUAACAGAAUCCAACCAAAAUCAAAUGAAAAAAAUGGCGCAACAAAUACUGUAUGUCUUGUAAAAUAUCUGGCCAGUUCACUAUUUUAUAUUACAUCAAACAACAAUUUUUCAGCUUUAAUGUUAAUUAGUGUGACAUUUCUAGUCCAAAAAUGCGCAAUUGCGUCUUCGGGAUUACCCGAAAAUUUAACUACCGUUUUUCAACAAGCAAAAAACACCCAAACAUUAAAAUAUUCAAAGGCCACGUCUUUGUUUGCUCGUUCUGGUAAUAGUAGCCAUUUUCAAACUAAAAUUAGUCAUACUUGCCCAGAUACACCAGAUAAACAAACUUAUUAUACUAAAUGUAAUAAAGCAUCCUAUCAUUGGUCUAAUGCAACUUCAAUAUUGAAAUAUUCAGAAGAGUUGAGAUUUGAGAGAGAGAAAGAAAUUUACCAAGUAAGGUCAAGAAGUUCAAAUAAAAUUGACAGUGACAAAAUUGAAGCAAAACUUGUGGCUACAGAUGACCCAUGCUUAGAAAAAGUAAAAAAAAAAUCUCAAUUAUUAUAUGUAAAACGAGGCGACAUUGUUGAUUUAAAAAUAUGUUUUGACGCACAACUUUCCAAGACUUUCUAUGUAAAGUAUGACUUAGACGGCGCUACCAUGUCUCAAGUAGGAAAACCAGAUGAAAGACCAACUAAGUUCCUUGUCGGAGAAAAUAGAAACCUAUUUCCAGACUACGUGGCAUGCUUUUAUACAAAGAAUCAUCAAAAAGCUUUGUUUGAAGAUUUUUACAAAUUGCCAGAUCGAAUUAAUACAACAUCAUUUAUGGCUAAAGGUCAUUUAGCAAGUAAUGGUGAUUUUGUUUCAUCAGAAGAAAAAGAAGGUACUUUUUACUUUGCAAAUAUAACACCACAAUGGCAGUCUAUUAAUAUGAAAACUUGGAGCCAAAUUGAAUCAUCUGUUAGACGUUUAAGUAAAAAGAAAAAUUCUACAUUCACCGUAUAUACUGGUACUCAUGGUCAAAUGACUAUCAAUAACAAACCAAUAUAUUUAACAACUAACAAACGAAUUCCAGUUCCUAAGUGGCUGUGGAAGGUAGUAAUUGAUAAAAAUACCAACGAAAGUAUAGGAAUUGUCUGCACUAAUGAUCCUUUUAGUGAUCUAAAGCCAAUUUGUGGAAGUCGAGAAUUCUGCGAUAAAACUAAUUGGAAGUAUUUUGGAAAAACAAAGUCAUCUGGCAAAGGUUACUGCUGUACUUUAGAAGAAUUGAAAGCUGCAAUUCCUGAAGCAAACGACAUUGAAGAGAAGUCAAAUGGUAUUUUAAGAGGGCCACUAUUAUCUCUUCAUGCUGCAUCUAUGCUUAAGAUUCAGGCUAGUAAAGUUCAUAAAAAAGUAGCAGAAAAAGUAGCUGAAAAAAAAAAAAUUAAUAACAAUACAAAAAAUUUUAAAUUGAUGCCAGUUGUCGAAGAAGAACCUCCCAAAUCACCUAGGGAUUUAACUAAAAUAACUCGCCGUGUAUCUACCAGGAAAAAGAAGCCAGUUGAUAGUGACCCAGAUUAUUCAGACGAUUCGACCUAAAAAAUUUUAACUAACUAAAAAUGUUACACGAAAACAUUUAUAAAACCAUUUUAUAUUAUUAUAUAUUUAAAAAAAAUAAAAAAUUUAUCUAAGAAUGCAUAAUAUAAUCAAAUAGAAUGUGUAAUUAAAUGAUUUUGUAUUAUUAAAUGCAGCAGAUAAAAAUAGUUAUCAAUAGUUUAACUAAUUUUGAUAAUAAAGUUUGCAAACAAUGUAACCCAUUAUUUUGUUUUAAGUAAUGCAUUAUGAAAUAUAACAUUAAUUGUUGUAGUAUUAUUUA